AUGUCUGCUCCAUACCACAAGCCGCAAGCGCGGCAGGACCGCGAACUCCUGCGACACCUACAUCGUCGAUUGACUUCAUCGACGAUUCCAGUGCCCCUACAGGGAGAAACUUACGGCAAAUGGCACGCCAGGAUGAUGGAUGACCUUGCGGCUGUUCGAGACGCUGAUGCGGAGGCGUACAGAAAGGAGUAUGGCCCGUGGCAUGCUUGGGAAUAUCAGGAAUGGCAUGCCAAAGAGCAAGAAAGAGCCACUGCGCCAUGGAAUAUUGCUUCGCAUGGUGCCGCAGCUCCCGCAGUCACAGUCGCAGGAGGAUCGCAGAUGUUUCCUCAUGCUGCUGCGAAUGCUUCUACAACACCAGCCACACCAACGCCUGUGGUUGGUGGUGCCGCUGUACCUGCUCAUGGCGAAGGUGGCUCCAAGGCUCCUGUGCCUCCAAUGCUAGCCAAUCCGUUGCCUGUGGCAGAGAUCAAAAAACUCAAACAUGUCUUGAAAGCUCGAUCGGGAGAGGCUGGAAUAGACGAACUGGCACAGCGAUAUAGUGCAGGCAGCACUGAGGACAAGAGAGCCAUUUUGAACAAAUACAUUGCUGACCGCACCUUGAGUUUCCGAUUUGAGAUCGCUCAAGAGACUGAGCUAGCAAGAAUGGAAGGCUCGACUACAAGCGGCCGGUGGAUGACACUGAAGCAAAUCGCUCAGCAAGAGGGUAUGCAGCUGGACGAUCCUCACCUGCCUCUGGUGAUCAAGGAUUUACCUGAGAGGGACCAUGAAAAUCCAGCUCUUGCCGCUGAGAAUGUGAAACAGUACCGCGUGGAGAAAUUCAAGGAUCAUGUGUCAAAUCAACACAAAGAAGCUACUGUGUUUCGGAACACAGCAAUGGGAAUGGAGAGAGUCAGGAAGCCCGGGAGCCAGCCGUCUUCCGCUCUCUCAGUUGGUGGCAAAGGAGGAGGCAAGGCUUCGGGAGCUGGCCUUGUCGUUAAUUGGAACACAGCCAACAAAGGCAUCAAAAAGAACAUCAGUGCUGGCUUGAAAGACGCCAUGCAGGCGAUGAGUGUCUCCCAGAAGUUCCGGUCCUCCAUCGAGACUUCGAGUGACAAGGUAGCUCUCAAAGAUGGCCAAAAGAUCUUGCAGGAAAGCAUCGAGGCAACGGAGGACAUCGUGGAGGCAACUCUUGAUACGGAGAUUGAUCACUUGCGCCUGAAGGAGUCUCUGCAGGCUUUGCUGAAGACAACUAUGGCCUUCAGAGAUUUGUUGUAUCAUGUGGCGCCAAAGGCCAAGCCAACUCCGAAAGAGGACAAGCCAGUGACAUUGAGAGAUGGCACCAUUCGCAUCUUUCCAGUGAGACUAGCAGGAUGCAUCAUGGAUGAGUCUGCAAUGCAUGCAAUGUGGUGUUGCAAAGGCGCCUCUGGUCGACGACCGUGCAUGAAAUGCAAGAACUGUGUUGCCAAACUGGCAGGUGGCAUCGCGCCUGUGGAGGUUGGGCUGUUUGUCCAGGCAUUAUUGUCAGAUGGGAUGAGCUGGAACCAGAUCCAAGAUUGUGCGGCAGUGGACAUUUCCUCCACCCAUCCUGUCAGUCUGCAAUCCCGGAAACGCUUGCUGUCGGAUCCUUAUUUUGGUUCCAAUGUUGGAUGGAAAGCGUCUGGAUCGGAGCACAUGAUGAUGAUGCCGCUACUUCACUUGUGGCUGAUGCUACACAUUCAUGGUACACAGCGUUGGGAGCGCUUGCAGGACAAAUGCUAUUCCUUCCAACUUCUCUGUGAACGGUUGUAUACCCUAUGUGUCUUAGCUUGGAGCCAAAGAAGCACUUUCCGAGAUCUCCUGCGAUCCAAACAGCAAGCCCAUUAUGCUCAGUUUUUGCGAGCCUAUGGGCGUGAGCAUGCUAGACCGAAGCAUCAUUAUUCUUUGCAUGCAGCUGACGCGUGGACUGAGUUCGGUUGCUGCUUGGACACAAAAACGCAAGAACGCAAGCAUCAAAUGUUGAAACGAGAGAUCGAAUCUUCCGGACAGAAUCUGGCAGGCUUCGAAGAACGCAUGCUUCGACUCAUCUUGUUAACACAGGUGAAUGAAUUGAACAAGGCAAGCGAAAGCAUUGGCAAGGCCUUCUUGUGCGAAAGCACCUUCGUGAAACCCAAUCACUGGCAAAGUUACACUUUGAAACAAAACCUUGUCACGUGGAAGGUGGACAAUGUUGUGAUCCAGCAUGAUUUGCUUUGGGCUGGAAGAAUCAAAUGCUUUGAACAACAUGGUGAUACCAUCACAGUCGUCCUGGAAAAAUUUGAAUCCACUCGGGUCAUUGGAUUUGGCCUUUUCGAAUGGUGCAGAGCAGUCUUUGCCUUGGUUGGCUUCUCCUAUGUGGUGGGCAGCAUCUUAGGCUCUUUGGCGCAACUGCGGAGCAUGACCGAGCAAUCCGCCAAGGACUUUUGGAUGAUGCGGCGGUUCCUUCGCAGGAACCAUGUCCCCAUGGAGCUGGCCUCGCGGAUCCAACGCUUCGUGGAGCACGCACAUUCGCAGAAGCAGAAACAGAUGGCCAUCACGGUCUUGGAACUGCUCUCAGCCGGGCUCAUGGAAGAGUUGCAAUGCGCCAUGAAUAUGCCGCACAUGAUGGUGCAUCCACUCUUUUCCUUUCUGAACACCUUCUCGGUCAUUACGGUCCAGAGAUUGGCCAAGGAGGCGGUGAAGCGUGCGCAGCUGGCGCGCGGGGACACGCAAUUUCUUCCGAAUCAGGAAGGUAGCUACUUGUACUUCCUCGCUGCCGGCAAGAUGAAGUACAUCAGGGGGGCGGAUGGCCCUGAUCCCAAGAUCGAAGUGGUGGACAAGGGUGAGGAUUGGAUUGCUGAGCCUGUGAUGUGGACACCAUUCUGGGUACAUGUGGGCCAACUCACUGCGGUCUCCGAAUGCGACCUUUGUUGCGUGGAACCGGUGAAGUUCGGACACAUCGUGGCACUCAUCAGGCCGGUGGCUGCGCUGGUGGCCCGCUACUCCUCCAAUUUCAUGCUGUGGGUGAAGGACUUGGAAUCGAGAGAUGAGCUCACUGAUGUGAUACAGGGAGACCAAGUUGGAGACCAAAUCCGAUGUUUUCUUGACUGAGAUGGUUGUAGCAGUUAGCGGUGCGGCUAUGUGUCAGCGGCGGUCUCUUCAGAUGUCGGGAUCGGUG